GUUUUUUUUUGUUUAUCAUUAUUAUGUGGUUAAAUUUGAUUAUAACCCUCAGAGAGGGUAAAACUUUCUAUCUACCAGUUGCUUAAUAAUCUCUCACAUUAACAGGGUUAAACACAAGAUAGUAUAAUCAUAGUUUAGAUAAGAUUUUAUAUAUUUUGUGGUAUAUCAUUUAUUUAUUAGAAAUAUCAUUAACAUACGUUAAAGUUUAUAUCAACGUUUUUAGUAAUUUUUCUUUAAUAUUUUGUAAAUUGUUAUUGUUUUCUAAAUGCUGAUAAAUAAUAUAUAAUUAUGUUAAUUUAAUAUUUUUUGAAAAUUAUUGAUGCUUUAGUAAGAAAACAUAUUCAAUGGAAGAUUCUACUGAUGGCAUUAUUAGUAGUAAAAAUAAAUUAGAUAAAACUAAAGGAAUUGAAAACAUUUCUUUUAAAUACAAUGAUAUUCGUGAUUUUGGUGAUAAUUCUCAUAAACUAUCUAUGAAUCCACAAAAUAAUUGGUAUCAUAAAAAAAAUAAACAACUAAACAGAGCUUUAAUAUUUAAUCAUGCAAAAUUUACAAAUGAAAAGAAAAGGAAUGGUACAGAUGUUGAUUGCAUAAAAUUACAAGUAACAUUAGCUAAUCUUGGUUUCAAAACUAAAGUGUAUCAUGAUAAGACAUUGGACCAAAUUCAAAAAAUUUCUGAUAAAUGGAGCAGUUUUGAUUUUUCAGAUUAUGAUUGUAUAGUUAUUGUUAUACUAAGUCAUGGUUCUAAUGGGCAUAUUUAUGCAAAAGAUAGAAUUUAUGACCCAAAAAAUGUUUUUUGGGACAAAUUUUCUGAAGAUAGAUGUCCCAGUUUAUUAGGCAAACCAAAAAUAUUUUUUAUACAAGCAUGUCAAGGAAUUUUAAUAGACCAAGGAGUUGAGUUAUGCACACAAGUAGAUGGAGUAAGAUGUACAUUUCCAAUACAUUUAAGCGCUGACUUUUUUAUUGCAUAUUCUUCAGUUCCUGGGUAUUAUUCAUGGCGAAAUGAGUGUAAAGGAAGUUGGUUUAUAACUGAACUAUGUAGUGCAUUAGAAACUUAUGGUUUUGAAAAAGAUAUUAAUUUUAUACUAACCUAUGUUGUUCAAAGGGUAGCAAUUUAUUAUGAAUCAAACAAUAUGCAAGAAAAUCUGUAUAAAAAUAAACAAACUCCAUGUAUUACAAGUACACUAACUAAGCUGUUUAUUUUUUCAUUUGAAAAUUUAUCAUGAAGUUGAAACCUGAACCAAAACUCUCAUAACAGGAAAAAAAAUUAAAUUUUAAAGAGAUUGUGAAGAUCCUGGUACAAUUUUUUUCAUAUUCUGAAUGAGAAAAUUUUUUUUUGAGUUAUUACAGAUUUGAUCUAGGAGUGUGAUAAAUAUUUUUAGACUAAUUAUUAGUUAAAUAAUAGGUCUAAAAACUAUGUAUUAAAAAUACAUGGAUUUUAUGUUUUUUUAUUAUGUGAUACUUGACUAUAAUUUAAUUUUUUUAUAAGUACAAUUUUUAAUAAUUAACAUUUGCAUGUAUUUAAGUCUUUUAAAACUUUUCAUAUUAUUCUUUUUAAGCACUAUCAAUUUUUUUUUGCAAUUGAUACAUAUUUAUGUUUAAAUGUUUGUUUAUUGAAAUGAAUAUUCAUACAUUUUUA